CAAAUGUCUCUGCGUUUGUAGAUUUAUUCAAAUGUCUGCCAUCUGUAAAAUCAAGCUUGUAAAAAAUCAUACACAGAAUUUCCGCUUGUAAAUACUUCCGUCUGAUAGUACGAUACAUAUGUCUCAUCUCCAUAUUUUUAUCCCUCACGGGUAAAUAUUCGCUGAACAGCUGUUCGUUAAGGAUGUUUACUAUCACUUUGGGAUAUGUUGCAAGUUUGGCUUCUGUCAAUUUCCAACUGUAAGCUAAUAAACGAUAGUAGCCUAACGCCCAAAAUGAUUACUAUCGUAUAAUUGUACACGUUACUAGAACGUAACCUUGAUUAUCUAGAUUUUCAAGCGAGUACCAUGGCUCAAUGUAAGUUAACCCCCCGUGAGUUUAUAAGUAAUGCCUUUUCACCACAAAUCGCUGUUAUAUGUUCAACCUCAGCUGAUACUGUAUGUCAAAAAAAUAAUUUAUCAUUCGUGGAACUUUUGCAACCGUUUUGUAAGCUAAAUACCGAAGGCCAUUUUAAAGAUCCACAAGGAAAUACUAUUAGUGUUAGAAAUCUUCGUCUUUUUAUACAAGAUGUUAAUGCACAGCCUCCAGAACCAAGCAUUGCCAGAAAAAUGUUAAAUGAAGCAGUCAGUUCAGCUAUGUGUGAACAUACAACUACUGUUCAAAUUGGAACAACAGAGCUUGAUAUACCAGUAUCAGUUCCUUGGUUUGAAGCGUGGAGAGAAAUGUUUCUGAGUGUACAAUUUCCAUCAGAUCAUGAAUUCACAAAACAUUUUCUUGCUUGUAUGAUAGUAGUUUCCACAGCAGAGGACAAUCCUUUAGAAAAGAUACAAAAUAUGGGUGCACAGUUACAUCAAAAUAUACCUGGAAAAUUGCCAAAAUGGUUUAAUAACAAUACACUUAGAUAUUAUAUCUUACUACAUGAUACUUUACAAGAUGAUAGAAACAAGGCUGAAAAAGUUUUUACAGAUAUGAAAAAUAUUUAUGGUGCUAAUAAUUGUUUUUUAUUACAAAUGAAUUCAAGACCACCAGGUCAAGUUGAUGACAAUACUCAUUUACCAGAUCCUUGGAGUCAAUUUUUAGUAAAACAUUCAGAAGUAUUAGGAGGUAGUGAACAAAAUAGUUCUCCUCGUACACCUGUAGAUACUAGUGGUGUUUCUUCUAUGCCAAAUGAAGUUACGACAGAUACUGACAAAACAAGUCAGGCUGGAACACCAGUAGCUCCACAAAAUUCUGUAUUGGUUUCUCCAGAUCUAAAUGAUAGCAUUAGUUUCUCUUCUGAAAUAUCUGAAUCAACAAAUACACAUUUAGAAGUUGGCCAGGAAGCUGUUUCUGUUACAAUACAUCCGCUGAGCCCAACAACUGAGAAAUUAAAGAAUUCUGCGUUACAUGGGAAAGGACCAACAAUCAGUGAUAGUCCAAUAAAUAUAAAUGUUUGGGCAGAUUCUCCUAGUUAUGUAGCAACACAACAUGGUGCUAGAUUAUCUACACAAGAUCUUGAAAGACUACGAGCAUUAAUAACAGAGUUUUGUUUAAAAAGUUUAUUACCUUACGUAGAAAAACAAAUUGGUUUGCUGAACGACGUAAUUUCAAAUAAGAAAGGAAGAUCACUUUUUAGUGCUACAAGACGAUGGUUUGGAACAAAUAAACCUGGCAUACCAGGACCUACUUCAUCAAAUGCUGUAAUUUAUACAACGGAAUCACCAGAAUUACAAUUGCGUCGCUUAGGUGACCUGUGUUUUAUGUUUGGUCAUUAUUCACUUGCUUAUCAAACAUAUCAUAGUGCGAAAAGAGAUUUUGCAGCAGAUCAAGCUUGGCUUUAUUACGCAGGUGCUCUUGAAAUGGCUGCUUUAAGUGCAUUUAUGCAAGGUGAAACUAAUAGAAAGACUAUCGAAUAUAUGGAUGAUGCAAUAGUAACCUAUUCAACUAGUUGUAAAAUGCCACAAUUUGCAACAAGAGCAACAUUGCUCAGUGCAGAAUGUUUGAAAGGUAAAAGCUUAUAUGGGGAGGCCGCUAAACAAUUGAUUCGCAUGACUAGUGAAGAUUCGGAUUUGCGUUCUGCUCUCUUGUUGGAACAAGCUGCCUAUUGUUUUAUUGGGCCAAAAAUGAUGCGCAAGUAUGCAUUUCACGCUGUUCUUGCUGGUCACCGAUUUUCAAAAGCAGGUCAAAGAAAACAUUCAUUACGAUGUUAUCAACAAGCUUACCAGGUGUAUAGUGGGAGAGGUUGGUCAUUGGCUGAAGAUCAUAUACAUUUUACAAUUGGUAGACAAGCUGCAUCAUUGAAACAAGUUAGUGAAGCAGUUAAAGCAUUUGAGAAAUUACUAAAUGUUUCCAGUAAACAACCAGCUGCACAACAAGCUGCAUUUUUACGUGAAUUUUUACAUAUCCAUAAUCUAUUGUUGCAAGAAGGUUUAUCAAAUCCUCAAGAGCUUCCUAUUUUGCCUUUGCCAUUAAUAGAUAGUAAUAACAUUAAAGUAUUUCAUGGCCCCAUAGCUGAAACACACGAAAAUAACAUUCCUGCGAGUCAUGUUUCAUUUGAUACGGAAGAAUGUGAUGAUGUCAGAUGGGCAAAAAUGGAAGAAAUGUUAAUAACAGAAGCUCAGGGAUCUCCUCCUAUGAUAUUCAAACCUACAAUUGCAUUAUACUCUAAAACAAGUAAUAAUAAUGUAAAACCAAAUGCAGUUUUAAAUGAAGCAGUGCAUUUUUUUAUUGAAUUAUAUAAUCCGUUACAUAUACCGCUACCAUUGUCUAACGUGACUUUAUUAUGGUCAUUUAUUUCCGUCAAUGGACAAGUUACAAACGAAAUGAGAUCAGCAGAAGAUCUAAAGCUAGUUGAAACACAAGUAAUUGAAAAGAUCAUUUUACAAUCAGCGUCUAAACAAAAUAUUACAUUGUGUCUUAUACCAAAAGAAGUAGGAGAAUUAAAAGUAUUAGGUUUGAGUUAUAAUUUAUCUAAUCCAACUCAUGUAAUUGAUCCACCAGUUGUUAAUCCAACAAUAGCUAUUACUGGAAAAAGAUUGUUUGAAAUUAGGGGACCUAGAUUAAAAAAUAUUAAAGAAAAAUCUGGUACAAAUAUGUAUGGUGCAGAUCAUAGAUUAGAAAUGAAUAUUAUUGAAAAAGCUCCUUUUAUGCAGGUUUUCUUUAGUAAAUUGUUCUCAAGAAUGUUAUGUGGUGAAAUUCAAAAAAUAGAUGUCACGCUAAAAAAUGUGGGUAAUUCACCACUGUCAAAUAUUUAUUUGGCAUCUACAGAUGCUAAACUUUUCUCAUUAGGAGAUGAAGAACACAUGGCAAAAAGAAGCAAUAGGCUUAUAUUAAAGAUUCCAUUAUCUUCUAAUAACGAUGUAUUAAAUGUUGGAGAAACACAUACGAUACCAUUUUGGAUUCGCGCACCUCAUGAAAAAGGAAUUCAUUCUUUAGAUUUACUAUUUUACUAUGAAAAUACAGAUUUGAAAAGCGUGAUAAAACAUCGACUUUGUAGACAUACUUGGCAUUUUACAGUUUUAGAUUCUAUACAAAUAAGCGCGAUUGCUUCAAGAAGUCUAUUAUUUAAAGAUAUUUCACCUACAUUAAAUUUAAUAAUUUGCAUUAAAAAUGCAAGUCAAGUUCAUGAUUUAAUUACGAACGAAAUUUUAUUGUCUACGGUAUUGUUUGAAAGUGAUGUUUGGUCUGUAUUUAUUUCAUCGGUUUUAUCAACAAAUAUUAAACUACAAUCUCAAGAAAUGUUUCAUUUAAUGUUAAAAUUAAAGAAAAAAGAUAAAAAUGAAUCGAAGUUCUCUAAUGUAUCUUUAACUCAAGAAAAUGAAUGUAUUGAGUCAGAUGCAAAUUAUCCAUACAUCAAUUUUAUACAAAGAAAGGAUAUUCCAUCAUUAGACAUUAAUGAAAAUAUAACCGAAGUGCAACAACAAACUCAACGAUUACUACAAAAUGAAGAACAAAAGCCUUUGUCUGCUACUAUGGCAUUAAAUUCUACAUUAAUUCUUAAAUGGCGAGCGAAAAUAAUUGAAAAUGGAAUUAUUACAAGGCAAGCAAUUGGUCAACAUCAUCUUGACAUACAAUAUUUGAAUAAAACGUAUAAAUAUCCUAAAGAAAUUCAAGUUGAAUCAAACGAAUAUUCUGGACGUUUGAAAAUCUUUGGUCCAGACAGAAACGUAUUCGAUUCUUCGGCUGUGACGAAUAAGGAACAAGUAUCAGAAACAGAAUUUUUGAAAAAUAUAAUUUCAUUUUCUUUAAGCCAUGAUAGAGUGAUUACGCAUAAUUUCAAUCAAAAUCGAUUGUGUUUCAUUCCGGUAAUAAUGUACAUACAGAAUCAUUUAGAAUCGCAAAUUGAUAUUAAAAUUAAUACAAUAGGAACUAGCAGUGAAAGUCAUCUUCCAAAUAUAAAAUCACAAUUGUUUUCUCCACAAGCUUCUGCGUACUAUAGAUAUGCUUGUCAUUCAGCAAUUUGUUCUCACGUAGAACCACUUAUGAAUAGUACUGUGAACUUACAGGCUGUACUUCCAGCUCCUGGAACAUAUGACUUAGCAGCACGUGUAGAAGUUUCUGCAAGAAUUGUAAAUACUAGAGAAUUCAUCUUGCAGAAAUGGAAAAUGGAAAGCAUAUGUAUUAUUAAUGAUGGUAGUAAAUAAUUUAAAAAUAUAGAGAUAUUAUUAUUAUUAUUAAUAGAAUUACUACUACUAUUAAAUAAUGUAAUAAAUUUUGUUUAUGUAAUUUAAAAUCACUCCUCCAUACUAUGUAAAUAUAUAUAGUAUUCAUUUAAUUAUUGUUGAUAUUUUUGUGAAAAUGGAUAUAUAUUAUUUAAUAUGUAUUUCACUGUUUAAUCCUUCAGGGAUGACGUUUAAUGUUGAUGAUUUAAACUUUUUAAUAAUUUCCAUAAAUUAAAGUUAUAAUUUUUUAUUAUUUUAUAAUUUUAUGGUCAUAUGUUAAUUUCAUUCAUAUACAUAAUUAUGAAAUUUUGUAAUAACUUCUAACGUCGUAUGGGAGUUAGUACAAUUUAUAGACGUCGUUCUGUUGAAGGAUUAAUGAAUAAAUUUUUUCAAUAUACUAAUUGUUUGUUACAGUAUACAUUAUAACAAUUAUUUCAAAAGAAAUAAUAGUCUGUGAAAUUUUGUAAAUUACAUUCUUAUAAAUUAAUACAUUGAACGUGUUACAUAUAAAAAUAUGCUCAGUUGUUUGCAUAAAUGUUGAAACUAUAACAGGAAAAUUGUAACAUAUUUUUUGGACCAGCAUUUCAUAUUUUUUAAAUUAAAAUAAGGAAGAAAUUGUAUAGACUUAGUCGCGGAAUGCUGUAAAAGAUGAAUAAUUAUAAAUAAACAAUACAUUUCCUACAACAAAAAUUAACGUCCUUAUAUGAGAAUAUAUAAUAACGUAUCUUAAUAAAUCUAUAAAGUAAUACUGUAAUUAAAUUAUUAAAAUAAAUGUUUUAAAAAUAA